UCCUGCCGCGCGGUCUUGCGCAUGAGCAGAUCGGCCCGCGAGGGCGGAAGUGAGGAGCUAGUGCGCGGAGGUGGGGCCGCCGCGCUUGCCGUGGGGUGGGCGAGCGACCGCCAUGGCGACCCCCGCGAGUCCCCUAGUUCCCGUGGCAGUCCUGAUGCUGUUGCUUUGUGGGGCUCCCUGGACCCACGGGCGGCGGAGCGACGUGCGCGUCAUCACGGACGAGAACUGGAGAGACUUGCUGGAAGGAGAGUGGAUGAUAGAAUUUUUUGCUCCAUGGUGUCCUGCUUGUCAAAAUCUUCAACCAGAAUGGGAAAGUUUUGCUGAAUGGGGAGAAGAUCUUGAGAUUAAUGUUGCAAAAGUAGAUGUUACUGAGCAGCCAGGCCUGAGUGGACGAUUUAUCAUAACUGCUCUACCUACUGUUUAUCAUUGUAAAGAUGGUGAAUUUAGGCGCUAUCAGGGCCCAAGGACUAAAAAGGAUUUCAUAAACUUUAUAAGUGAAAAGGAGUGGAAGAGUAUUGAACCUGUUUCAUCAUGGUUUGGUCCAGGCUCUAUUCUGAUGAGUAGUAUGUCAGCACUCUUUCAGCUAUCUAUGUGGAUCAGGACUUGCCAUAACUAUUUUAUUGAGGACCUUGGAUUACCGGUAUGGGGAUCAUAUACAGUUUUUGCCUUAGCAACUCUGCUUUCAGGACUAUUAUUAGGACUUUGUAUGAUAUUUUUGGCAGAUUGCCUUUGUCCUUCAAGAAGACACAGACCACAGCCAUACCCUUCCAAAAAAUUAUUACCAGAAUCUUCUCAACCUUUGAGAAAAGUGGAGGAGGAACACGAGGCCGAUGAUGAAGAUGUUUCAGAAGAAGAAGCUGAAAGGAAAGAAGGAACAAACAAAGACUUUUCACAGAGUGCCAUAAGACAACGCUCUGUGGGUCCUUCAUUGGCCACAGAUAAAUCCUAGUUAGUUUUUAUGAAUAUCAAUAUGAUUUGGACAAAAACAGAUUAAUCAUUUCUUUUGGUUUGAAGUGAACUGUGACUUUGUACACUGAAGGACUCAGUCUAUAUUGUCAUUAGAUUGAAAGGUCUGCCUUCAGAAAAUAAAAGAUAGCACUAUGUAAAAAGUUUGAAAUAGGAUAUAACAAUAGUAUGGUGGUUUAAACAGUUUUUUAAUAUUUUGAAGAAUCUGGUGCCAAGCAAUAAGAUUUGUGUAUGUUUAAUAAUAACUUUUUUCAUAAUAAAAUUUUUCUGAGUUGAAAACUUA